AUGGCUACAGUUAUACCGCCACCAUCAAAAAAGCAGAAAAGAGAAGCUCAACAAAUAAGAGAAGUAAAUCUCGUACCUGACGAUGUACCUAAUGUGUUGAUCAAAUUUCAAGCAUCCGAUACUGGAGAAUCAACUGGGGGAUCAAUACGAGUUCCUGGUGGCAUUACAGAAAAGCAGUUGGAGGAGCUACUCAAUAACUUAAGAGGUGAGAGUGAUGAUCCUGUGCCGUAUACAUUCUCGUUACUACAUGAAGACGAUGGAAACAAAUUGAUUGAUAUUAGAAACAACUUGUACGAAUCAGUGUUGAAGCCUGGUAUAAAAACAACUGAGGAUUUUCUUACUUUGGUGUACACCCCAAGAGCCGUUUUUAAGGUCAAACCAGUGACGAGAUCAAAUGCUGCUAUAGCAGGUCAUGGAUCAACUAUUUUGUGCUGUACUUUUGCUCCAAAUGAUUCGGGACGCAUGUGCACAGGUGCAGGAGAUUCAACAGCACGGAUAUGGGAUUGCAAUACGUCAACUCCAAUGCAUACCCUUCUGGGACAUUCUAAUUGGGUGCUUUGUGUUGCAUACUCGCCAGAUGGUACCACGAUUGCUACGGGAUCGAUGGAUAACACAAUAAGGCUAUGGGAAGCAAGCACCGGUAAAGCCAUUGGGAAACCAUUGACUGGUCAUUCCAAGUGGGUCAGCUCCUUGAGCUGGGAACCUUUACAUCUUGUUGCUCCCGAUGCACAACCUCGUUUGGCAUCAAGUUCUAAAGAUGGAUCAGUUAAAAUAUGGAACACCACUUCACGAACUUGUGAACUUACAAUGAGUGGACAUACAAAUUCAGUAUCAUGUGUCAAGUGGUCCGGGUCUAAUAUUGUGUAUAGUGCUUCACAUGAUAAGACCAUAAAAGCUUGGGAUGUUGCCGCUGGUGGUAAAUGCAUUCAAACGUUAAAGAGUCAUGCUCAUUGGGUCAAUCACCUAUCAUUAUCGACAGAUUAUGUUUUGAGAAAAGGGGGAUACGACCACUCAACAACCAAGUCUUCUAAAUACUCACCCGAAGAAUUAAGAAAAAGAGCUAAGGAACAAUACGAGAAAGUUGCCAAAUUGAAUGGUGUAAUAAGUGAGAGAUUAGUCACUGCAAGUGAUGAUUUCACAAUGUAUUUUUGGGAACCACUUAAGUCAUCGAAACCAAUAUGCAGAAUGACGGGACAUCAAAAACUAGUCAACCAUGUCAGCUUCUCACCUGACGGAAGAUAUGUUGUUUCCAGCUCUUUUGACAAUUCAAUAAAAUUAUGGGAUGGUAUUAGAGGUACGUUUGUUACCACAUUGCGCGGCCAUGUUGCACCAGUGUAUCAAACCGCAUGGUCUGCGGAUAAUAGGUUAUUGGUGAGCUGUUCCAAAGAUACAACUCUAAAAGUUUGGGAUAUCAGGACCAAGAAAUUGAGUGUUGAUCUUCCUGGACAUGCCGACGAAGUGUACGCUGUUGAUUGGAGUUUGGAUGGUAAACGAGUUGCAUCGGGUGGAAAAGACAAAAUGGUUAGAUUGUGGUCACACUAA